AUGUCUGUCUUUGUCCGCACUGCUGCCAACUCAAUCCGCGCUGCGACGGCACGCAAUACUCUUCGUCAGACCGCAUACAUCCAGCGCCGAGGCUAUGCGGAUGCGGCGAGCGAUACCCUUAAGCUCUCCCUAGUCCUCCCUCACCAGUCCAUCUUUACUUCUGCAAACGUUGUACAAGUCAACAUUGCUGCCGAGUCCGGAGAUAUGGGUAUCCUGGCCAACCACGUCCCAACCGUUGAGCCCCUGCGCCCCGGAGUCGUGGAGGUUAUCGAGACCGGAAGCGGCUCCAAGAAGUGGUUCGUGAGCAGCGGUUUCGCGACAGUUCACCCCAACAACACCCUCACUAUCAAUGCGAUCGAGGCUGCUCCUCUCGAAGACAUCUCUGCAGAGGCCGUCCGCGCCAACCUGGCUGAGGCACAGCGUGUUCUUGGAGGCAGCGCUUCCGACAAGGAAAAGGCCGAGGCCCGAAUUGAGGCAGAUGUUUACGAAGCAAUCCAACAAGCCCUCUCCAAGUAA